GGUUGGCAUCUUCCCUACCCCUUCGUUUUUGAAAAUUGAAAGACAGUUAUUCUCUUUCUCUUUAUGGAUUGAAAAGAUUCCAAUUUCCUCAACCAAAGCAAACUUUCAAUUCCACUUCAAUUAACGAAUAAAAGAAAAAAAAAGGCCCUAACGGAAGUCAAUUUUCAAAUCUCUCAUCACAUUAGCUGAUCAGAGCUGCAGAGAUUGCCAAAAGUUCUCUCAAGUUGACUUUCUCGGUUAGUUGAAAGGCUAUCGAUAUUUAGUGGAGUGGUAGAACAUCACAACUGAGUUUUGGAAAUGACGGAUACAGAUAGAGUGAGACACAGAGACACGAAAACAGCUUUCUAUCUGUUUACUCAGCAAAAGCUUCCGGCUUGCAAACCCGUUUUGACUCCAGCUUGGGUUAUUACAAUAUUUUUGUUUACAGGUUUCAUUUUCAUUCCUCUUGGCCUUGUUACUCUGCGUGCUUCUCGUAGUGUCAUUGAGAUUGUGGAACGAUAUGAUACUGAAUGUGUACCUGAGCCAUUUAGAAUUGAUAAAGUUUCAUAUAUCCAGGAUGACUCAAUUCCCAAGAAUUGUUCUCUUUUCUUGAAGGUGCACAAGUACAUGAAAGCUCCAAUUUACAUUUACUAUCAACUCGAUAAUUAUUAUCAGAACCAUCGACGGUAUGUGAAAAGCAGAAGUGAUCAGCAACUCUUAAAUGGACAGAAGUAUCAAGCCACAAGUUCCUGUCAACCUGUAGAGUUCAACAAUGCUCGACCUAUUGUUCCUUGUGGAUUGAUAGCAUGGAGCUUAUUUAAUGAUACAUUUACAUUUAUUCGUGAGAGAGCAGAACUCAAGGUCAACAGGAAGAACAUUGCCUGGAAGAGUGACCGGGAUCACAAGUUUGGAAAGAAUGUAUAUCCUUCCAAUUUCCAAAAUGGAACCUUGAUCGGAGGUGGAAAGCUGAAUCCAAGAAUUCCUCUAAGCGAUCAGGAGGAUCUUAUUGUAUGGAUGCGUACAUCUGCUCUCCCUAGCUUCCGAAAAUUGUAUGGAAGAAUUGAAGAGGAUUUAGAUGCUGAUGACGUUGUCCUGGUUCAACUAAUGAACAACUACAACACUUACAGUUUUGGUGGUAAAAAGAAGCUUGUUCUUUCAACAUCAAGUUGGUUGGGAGGAAAGAAUGAUUUCUUUGGUCUCGCGUGUGUCUUUGUUGGUUCUUCUUCUCUUAUCCUCGCCAUUGUCUUCAUGCUGCUACACCUAAAAUUUCAAAGGUAAAAAUUCAAGAGGCCUUACGGGGACAAGACUUGUUUACCUUGGAACAGAAAAAGCCUUUCAGGGUGAUUCAAGGGAUGAGAUCCAUCUUACAUUUGAACUUGGAAACCAGUGAGUGAUUUCAAACCAUGAUUCAGAAAAACAGUUAGCUAUUCACUUUCUGAAAUAGUUGGGUACAAGGCAAGAGAAAAAUUUGAGUGUCUUGAGCUGGUUAUACAUGUUAAUAGAACAAAAGAAACAUGAUCAGGCCAGUACUAUAGGUGACAAAUCAAUGUAGAAUAGAUAUUACCCUUUGAAUUUCCCUAUACGUAGCAUACAAUAAUGUUAAAACACCCCUUUUCCCCGUAGGUAAGGACUGACGUUAGGCCUUCAGUGGCCCCGCAAAACACUAUUGGUUUUCA